AAAGAAAGAAAAAGAAAAGCAGACUUUGGAAACAGGGAUCGGAGUUGGAUCUGGCAACCCAGGUCGGCUCAGCAGGCUGCUCUCGGUCUCAGUUCGGAUCUCAGUCCACCUGGAUGCAGUCACUUCUCUGUCUUCUGCAUUAACUUUCCUUCCUUCCUUCUUUCCUUCUCUUUCUUUCUCAUUGGGACGCAAACAAAGCGCAAAAAUGGCCGGAGCGAUCAUCGAGAACAUGAGCACCAAGAAGUUGGUGAUCGUGGGAGUUGUUCUUCUGCUCUUCCAGGCUUUUGCCUUCAUGGUCGGAGGUCUGAUCGCCCCCAGUCCCACCACCGCCGUCCACUACCUCGCCACCAAGUGUGUGGACAACCAGAAGGGAUACCAUCAGGGUCGGAAGUGGUUCAUGCCCUGGGGUCCGAACCAGUGCGACAAGAUUCGAGACUUUGACGAGGCCAUGGCCAAGAUGAUUGAAGCCAACAACAUCGUCUUCUCCGUUCACAUCCCUCUGCCCAAUAAAGAGAUGAGUCCCUGGUUCCAGUUCAUGCUGGUCAUCCUGCAGUUCGACAUUGCCUUCAAAAUGUACAACCAGAUCGAGGACAGAGCCAUGGUUACUAUAGACGUCAGCCUGGCCUACAGAGACGACACUGUGAGCGAGUGGACCGAGAUGGCGCACUCUGUGGAGCAACGCAAACUCAGCUGUAACUUCACUACGGCCAAGAUUAAAGAGAACGAGGGUCGCUACUACGAAUGUGACCUCUUGCCCUUCAUGGAGGUCGGCACCGUUUCCCACAAGUACUACCUGGUCAACGUCAGGCUGCCGGUGUACGAACGCAAGAAGGUGAACCUGGGAAUCGGCGAGAUCAAAGACAUCCGGCUAGUGGGAAUCCAUCAGAACGGUGGUUUCACCAAGGUCUGGUUUGCCAUGAAGACCUUCCUCACUCCCAGCAUCCUCAUCAUCAUGAUCUGGUACUGGAGAAGGAUUACCAUGAUGACGAGACCACCGGUCCUGCUGGAGAAGGUGAUCUUUGCUCUGGGCAUCUCCAUGACCUUCAUCAACAUCCCAGUCGAGUGGUUCUCCAUCGGGUUCGACUGGACGUGGAUGCUGCUGUUUGGAGACAUCCGUCAGGGAAUCUUCUACGCCAUGCUGCUCUCCUUCUGGAUCAUCUUCUGUGGAGAACAUCUCAUGGACCAGACGGAGAGGAAUCGCUUCUCCAUGUACUGGAAGCAGGUGGGGCCCAUCGUCUUCGGCUCCUUCUGCCUCUUCAUCUUCGAUAUGUGUGAGAGAGGAGUGCAACUGACCAACCCCUUCUACAGCAUCUGGGCUUCGGAUGUUGGCACCGAACUGGCCAUGGCGUUCAUCAUCGUGGCUGGAAUAUGCGCCUGCCUCUACUUCCUCUUCCUGUGCUUCAUGGUGUUCCAGGUGUUCCGAAACAUCAGCGGGAAAAGAUCGUCUCUGCCUGCGAUGACCAAAGCUCGCCGUCUGCAUUACGAGGGUCUCAUCUUCCGCUUCAAGUUCCUGAUGCUGGUCACGCUGGCGUGUGCGGCCAUGACGGUCAUCUUCUUCAUCAUCAGUCAGGUGAAUGAAGGACACUGGCACUGGGGAGAUUACACAGUUCAGAUAAACAGCGCGUUCUUCACUGGUAUUUACGGCAUGUGGAACCUGUACGUGUUCGCCCUCAUGUUCCUGUACGCUCCGUCACACAAACGCUACGGAGAUGAACAGUCCAGCGGAGACCAGGGAGGGACCAGUGGUGAGGACAUCCAGCUCACCACCACCAUCACCCACGCUGACGGACCCACUGAGGUGUACAGAAUGGUGGGAAAGGAGUCGCAGGAGUAGUCACUUCACCUCGCUUCCUUCCUCGAUCAUCUCAGCACACCAACAUGGCCAGCAUUCUUUUAUAAAACUCCUCACGAUGUGCACUGUUUCAGGCGAUCCAAACACCUUAUCCACCUUAUCCUUAUCCAAGUGCCCUUGGUCCAGUGUUGACUUAUUUUGUGUUCCAGUACUCUUUUUACCUUGCGCUUAUUGAUUUCCUCUUACAACUCUGUUCAUUCAGAUUCAUCACGAGUAGCCACUACCUUCUUUUAAAUUAGAUGCUGGGGUUGUGAAGUUUUCCCUGCUGAAAUCCCUAAUGGUCUAAUGUGUCCCAUUACAUAAUCAAACUAUUGUUAGAGUAAACCAUUAGGAUAAUUCUCAUUAGGAAUUUCAUAACCUAGCAAUAUUACGUUUGUACUAAAAUAUUUCAAUAUCCUUUUUUUUUUUUUUUUUUAAUGUUACAUUUCAUUGCUUUUCCUUUCAUUUAUAAUGAUGUAUGACACUUUUUAAGAUGCAAGAAGGGUAAAAUGGCAAAGAGGAAGUCGAUAAGCAGGAGUUAAAAACAGUUUUGUUAAAAAAAGAAAAGAAUGAUGCUUUUGCAGAGGAAGGAUUGGUGAGAUGGAAUUUGGUGCCAUCUUGUGGAUGGAAGAGGAAGUUACAAAGUGUAUGACGAUCACCACCUUGACCAAAUCCUUAGAAAGAACAUUCUUGGUCGUCACCAAGCAGGUAUUUUCCAUCUAUAGUUCGGUAAUCUUUAAUAUAGCCAUGUGUUGAUGAUUAUCAUGGGGUACAGUAUCACAAUACUAGAUUACAACACUUGUCCUCAGUCAAAGCAACUGCCCUGAUGAACAGAAUUCUGGGAUUGCCUUCUCCACGAAGGAUCUUCAAGUUUCUGCGAAAUAAGGAACUGUCUUACCUAACUGGUGUGUAAUAUUGUGGUGUGUACAUCACUGAUCUGGACAUAGGAUAUUACCUAACGUGUUUUUGUAUUAUUUUCAUCACUUCAGAUGAUUAACAGUAUCUCAGCUUAUCUCACAAUCUAGUAUAUUCUCUGCCUCGUCUCGUCUAUACAAGCGCGUUCGUAACAAUACAGCGUUCAGCGUCUUCACUCCAUGUUUUACAAAAAGUUCAUACGUAGUAUGUUAUGAUGUAGAUAUAUUUUUUAUAAAGUGCUUAUUUUCAAGUGUGUUAACUGUAUCACUGUCUGUUGUAUAAUAAAAGGACUUUUUCAGAAUGAU